AUGCAAAUGGCCAAGACUCGCAAGCUUCGGUGUUUCGAGGUUGAGAAGAUUAUUGAGAUAUUCCUCCUCCGCAACAUAGCCAUCAAAUUGAGAAUUCUUUCACAUCCUGCUCUACUAGGAAACGGUGUCUCGUACAAUCGCACACUUGUUGCAGAUAAGGGUUUAUGUUGCAAGGAGAUUGGCUCGCAUUUGUAUGUCGAAGGAAAGACCCAUGCAGGUCACGAGCGUGUCAAUUCAUCGUCUGAGAACUCAAUAAUGGAGAAUUUCGUCCAUAUCACCGAGAUUGCGAUCUACUUUAGAACACCAACGGAUACAACUACCGACAGGCCCAAGAACAAGCCCACUGCUGGGCGUCUUGGAACCCCCAAAAUUGUCUUGCAAAAGCCUUACAAUACUAGAAGUUCCAUCAAAAAGAGCCCAGGUUCGAAAACGGUUUUGCCCAAAAUUGUAUCUCAGAGCACAACAAUUGACCACAAGUAUAUCAAAAGACCACUGAACUCGUUCAUGUUGUAUAGAGCAGCCAUGUCCAGAGUCUAUACUCUUCUGUGUCUCGUGAACUGUUUGACCGGAUUCAUCAACGAAAAUCUUGGCUGGAAAUCUCCUAGAAUAGACUGGAAACAAAACGCUGACUCCGCGACAACGAUCGAAAAUGGCGUGUUGAGCUACGAUCUUGCCAAUGAGCUGGAGUUUCUGCGUGAGAUAGAAACUCUGGUCCAAAAAGGCGAUCCCAAAACUUUGGAGAAAAUCAGGGCCACGUUAACGCUACCCAAGUUGAAUCAUCACAUGUGCGUUCACGUUAUUGCGAUGUUAUGGCAAACAGAGUCAGAGUCCACCAAACAGGAGUUUUCGGCACUGGCAGUACUGGAAAAAGAGUUGCAUUCCAAGUGUUAUCCGAAUUAUAAAUACAAUCCACGCAAGAGGGAAAUUGACCCUGUUUACUGGGGGAAGGAAUGA